AUGAUCCCACGAGUAGCAGCUCGCGUACGGCGUCUGACGCUUUUCGCCUGUUCUGGUGAGGAGAGCGAAUCCUGGAACCUCGCCCAGCUGCUGUGGCUUUGCCGCAACAUCGAGGACCUCCAGUUCAGCGAGAUCGACAACGCGCUCUUCGAGGAGUACUUCAUAGUUCUCCGCAAAUGCCAGAAUUUGCGGCGGCUUGUGGUUUCCAGAGUCACCGGGGUACCGCACUUUUAUUUCGACGGAGACAAAUUUUGCACGGUCAACGACUUCUUCAGGGUGCUGCAAGAAUGUCCUUCCCUAGAGUAUGUCGAAGUCUGCGACGAUUCCCCAAGGUAUCCGGCGGUGUUCGAUAGCUAUAGCCCGAACCACCGCGAGACCCGCGAGGCGCGCCACCGGUUAUGGGCCAUUCCGCUGUACAAACCAUUGAAGUCCAUGCGAGUCUUGAAGCUGCCCAACAUCACCUUGAGCGGAGGUGAUUUGGACGUCAUCAGCACAAUGAUACAUUGCGUCGAGGUGCUGGAGUUUGGACGAACCACACAUCCUGAAGACCCACGUUUUCAAGCAUCUAUGUGCGGAGCCUUGGAGCGCUGGCGCGACUCCUUACAGGAGCUCUCCGUAUACUAUGUUGCACGAACCAUCAUUGACUAUGCACCUGAUGCCCAGGACGAGCGUAUAUGCUUUAAGAAGGAUCUCGCCCAGGCGCUAUCGAAAAUGCGGAACCUCUUCGUCCUGGAACUGGGUCCCUGGGCUCUAACGUCGAUGGUAGUCAACUGUCUCCCCUCCUCUCUCGAAGACUUGCGAUUGCGAUUGCUCACAGAGGAUCUCCGCUCCCUCGUAGAUGCCUUAGGAAAUUUGGAUUAUCUGCCCAAGCUACAGUUCCUGGCGGCUUACAGAGUGUACGAUGAAGAUUUAGACGAAGAUGAAUGGCAAGCGUUGGAAGAGAUAUGCGAAGCCAGAGGAGUGCACCUCUUGGACGGCGAUGGAUACUACUGA